AUGAAUGGGUUUACAUUAGCAAAGAAAAUCUUAAGGGCAGGAUACUUCUGGAUGACUAUGGAAAAUGAUUGUGCUCGAUUUGUCCAAAGAUGUCAUAAAUGUCAGCAUGGGACGUGGAUGUUAUUGGACCAAUUGAGCAUGUUGCCUCCACUGGUCAUAGGUUUAUUUUGGUCGCCUGCUUCCUAUAAAGUUGUGACGAAGAAAGUUGUGACUGAUUUUGUUCGCAAUAAUUUGAUAUGUCAUUUUGGAGUUCCCGAGUCUCUCAUCACGGACAAUGGUGCAAAUCUUAAAAGUCGCUUGAUAAAAGAGAUAUGUGAACAAUUCAAAAUUACCCACCGUAAUUCAACUGUAUAUCGUCCUCAAAUGAAUGGAGCUGUGGAAGCUGCCAAUAAGAACAUCAAGUGGAUAUUGAGAAAGAUGAUUGACAACUACAAAUGUUGGCAUGAAAAUUUGCCUUAUGCCUUGCUAGGUUAUCGCACCACAAUUCGAACUUCAACAGGAGCAACCCGUAUUUGUUAG